AUGUUAUUAGUUGAAAUGAAAGUUGAUUUGAAGGGAGAAAAUUUUGAGAAUAUUAGGAUAAAAGACACUAACUUAAUUGGAGCUAAUUUUGUUAGAUGUAAUUUUAGUGGAUCUGAAUUUAAUAAUGUUAAUAUAAAUGGAAUGAAUUUGAAUUAAGCAUAAUUAUUUAACUGCAAAUGGUAAAACAUAAAGAUAGAUGAAUUAAUUUAAUUGAAGGGUCACACGAAUUCAAUAUAUUCGGUUUGCUUUUCUUUUGAUGGUAAGACAUUAGCAUCGGGUAGUGCAGAUAGCACUAUUUGUUUAUGGGAUGUUAAUACAGGUGAACAAAAAUCUAAAUUAAAUGGUCAUACAAGUUAUGUUUUUUCAGUACAGUUUUCCCCGGAUGGCACUGCAUUAGCAUCUUGUAGUAAGGAUAAAUCUAUUCGUUUAUGGGAUGUUAAAACAGGACAGCAACAAUCUUAGUUAAAUGGUCAUACAAAUGAUGUUAGAUCUAUUUGCUUUUCUUUUAAUGGUUCUACCCUAGCAUCUGGUAGUGAUGAUACAACUAUUCGUUUAUGGAAUGUUUAUACAGGCCAACAAACAUUUUAAUUAAAUGGUCAUAAAAGUUUAAUUAAUUCAGUUUCCUUUUCUCCUGAUAGUACUACAUUAGCAUCUGGUAGUGAUGAUAAAACUAUUCUUUUAUGGGAUGCUCAUACAGGCAAAAAAAAAUUUUAAUUAAAUGGCCAUACAGAUAAUGUGAGGUCAGUUUCCUUUUCUCAUGAUGGUACUAUAUUAGCAUCUGGUAGUGAGGACUAAACUAUUCGUUUAUGGAAUGUUAAUACAGGUCAAAAAAAAUCUAAAUUAGAUGGUAAAUUUCUUGUUUUUUCUGUAUGCUUUUCUCCUGAUGGUACUACCUUAGCAUCAGGGGGUCAAAGUAAAUUUCUACAUCUAUGGGAUAUGAAAACAAGACAAUAAAAAGCAAAGAUAGGAGGCAAUAGUGCAACUGUGUAUUCUGUAUGUUUCUCUCCUGAUGGAAAUAGACUAGCAUCUGGAAGUACGGAUCAUUUGAUUGGUUUUUGGGACCCUAAAGCGGUAGAAUAAGAAACGAAAUUUGAUGGUCACACGAAUUCAAUAUUUUCAGUUUGCUUUUCCUUUGAUGGUAAGACAAUAGCAUCUGGUAGUGCAGAUAGCACUAUUCGCUUAUGGGAGGUUAAUACAGGUCAACAAAAAUCUAAAUUAAAUGGUCAUACAAGUUAUGUUUUUUCAGUACAGUUUUCCCCGGAUGGCACUGCAUUAGCAUCUUGUAGUAAGGAUAAAUCUAUUCGUUUAUGGGAUGUUAAAACAGGACAGCAACAAUCUUAGUUAAAUGGUCAUACAAAUGAUGUUAGAUCUAUUUGCUUUUCUUUUGAUGGUUCUACCCUAGCAUCUGGUAGUGAUGAUAAAACUAUUCGUUUAUGGGAUGUUCAUACAGGCCAACAAACAUUUUAACUAAAUGGUCAUACAAAUAUUGUGAGGUCAGUUUCCUUUUCUCAUGAUGGUACCAUUUUAGCAUCUGGUAGUGAAGAUAAAACUAUUCUUUUAUGGGAUGUUCAUACAGGUCAACAAAAAUUUUAAUUAAAUGGUCAUACAAGUUUAAUUAAUUCAGUUUCCUUUUCUCCUGAUAGUACUACAUUAGCAUCUUGCAGUAAUGACUAAACUAUUCGUUUAUGGGAUGUUAACACAGGAGAACAAAAAUCUAAAUUAAAUGGUCAUACAAGUUAUGUUUUUUC